CGGAGGAAGGCCUGUUGCAGCGAGUGGAGAUCGCGGUUACCUGCUCAGUUCCCGUGGAGAGCGAGCGAAAGGUUUUGUUCGGACGCCCCGGGUCACGAGGGGUGGCGUCCGGAGAAUUCGCGUCCGGAGAAUCUGAAAGGGGCCUCAUGGCGGUUCGAGCGUCGUUCGAGAACAACUGUGAGAUCGGCUGCUUUGCCAAACUCACCAACACCUACUGUCUGGUGGCCAUCGGAGGGUCAGAGAACUUCUACAGUGUGUUCGAGGGCGAGCUCGCCGAGACCAUCCCUGUGGUGCACGCGUCCAUUGCCGGCUGCCGCAUCAUCGGGCGUAUGUGUGUGGGGAACAGGCAUGGUCUCCUUGUGCCCAACAACACUACCGACCAGGAGCUGCAACAUAUUCGAAACUGCCUCCCAGACUCAGUGCAGAUCCGUCGGGUAGAGGAGCGGUUCUCAGCCCUGGGCAAUGUCACCACCUGCAAUGACUAUGUGGCCUUGGUCCACCCAGACCUGGACAGGGAGACAGAAGAAAUCCUGGCUGAUGUGCUCAAGGUGGAAGUCUUCAGACAGACAGUGGCUGACCAGGUGUUAGUAGGAAGCUAUUGUAUCUUCAGCAAUCAGGGAGGGCUGGUACAUCCCAAGACGUCAAUUGAAGACCAGGAUGAGCUGUCCUCUCUCCUUCAGGUCCCCCUUGUGGCAGGCACUGUGAACCGAGGCAGCGAUGUCAUCGCUGCUGGGAUGGUGGUGAACGACUGGUGCGCCUUCUGUGGCCUGGACACAACCAGCACAGAGCUUUCAGUGGUGGAGAGUGUCUUCAAGCUCAACGAAGCCCAGCCUCGCACCAUUGCUACCACCAUGCGAGAUUCACUCAUUGACAGCCUCACCUGAAUCGCCUUCCAUGCUAUUGUUGGCUCCUGACUCUGAACUUUGGCUCCUUCUCAACGGGUCCCACCCAGUCUCUCCCGGAUGCUGUCAGGGAGGUGGCAGAGAGCUCAUUGGUAUCAAGCGGCUGGAUGCCCAACCCUUCUUCACCAGUUUCCAUCUCCUGAAUCUAGUUACUGCAAAAAUCUGCGGUGGACUGGCUGUCAGGCCCUCUGGCUUCUAGCUGAGAGCUCUGCUGUCCUGUGCCACUCAAUUAAAGGCAGCUGCUUCUGACCAUUCCGAUUGUG